GAAGAACUUCACUCUCGCCGGCUGAGCAAAACAAGCUAGCCGGCUAAUCGUGUCCUCCGGCCCGCAGGACCUCCGCCGGUUCCGGUCGCGCAUCAAGAGACCUUCCGUCCACUCGCCUUGUUUGUGUGCUGCCAGAGCUUUGGUUGUCGGGACUUUAAUUCAUGCUAAGCUAACUAGCCGCUGCCUUCUUACACCGACCGGAGCGGACAAGACGCGGGAUGUGCUAUGGCGUCUGUCCGGGUGGCUGUCCGGGUCAGACCCAUGGACAGACGGGAGAAAGAGCUGAUGGCCAAAUGCAUCAUCCAGAUGGACGGCGCCAAAACCACCAUCACCAACCUGAAGUUCCCUGAAGGCGUCUCGGGGGACUCCACGAGGGUUCGGACAAAGACCUUCACGUACGACUUUUCCUACGACUCUGCCGAUUGUAAGAGCUCCACCUUCGUCUCUCAGGACAAAGUCUUCAGAGAUUUAGGCUCUGAUGUGCUGAAGGCGGCGUUUGAGGGCUACAACGCCUGUGUCUUCGCUUACGGUCAGACGGGAUCUGGGAAGUCCUACACCAUGAUGGGAAACCCAGGAGACGCGGGUUUGAUCCCCAGGAUCUGCGAAGGCUUGUUCAGCCGCAUCGCUGACUCCACACGAUGGGACGAAGCUUCUUUUCGCACUGAAGUCAGCUACUUGGAGAUCUACAACGAGCGCGUGAGGGACCUGCUGAGAAGGAAGUCCACUCAGACGUACAACCUAAGGGUGAGGGAGCACCCAAAGGACGGACCCUACGUAGAAGAUCUGUCCAAACACCUGGUCCAGAACUACAGCGACGUGGAGGAGCUGAUGGAGGCGGGAAACAUCAAGCGCACCACCGCCAGCACCGGCAUGAAUGACGUCAGCAGCCGCUCGCACGCCAUCUUCACCAUCAACUUCACGCAGGCCAAGUUUGAUGCUGAGAUGCCCAGUGAGACGCUCAGCAAGAUCCACCUGGUUGACCUGGCUGGCAGCGAGCGGGCGGACUCCACCGGGGCAACAGGGGUCCGGCUGACCGAAGGCGGCAACAUCAACAAGUCUCUGGUCAGCCUGGGCAACGUCAUCUCAGCUCUGGCUGAUUUGCCGCAGGACGGCGUCAACAGCAACCAGAAGAGGAAGUGUGUCUUCGUGCCGUACAGAGACUCUGUGCUCACAUGGCUGCUGAAGGACAGCCUGGGCGGCAACUCCAAGACCAUCAUGAUCGCCACCGUCUCCCCUGCCGACGUCAACUACGGCGAGACGCUCAGCACGCUGCGCUACGCCAACCGCGCCAAGAACAUCAUCAACAAGCCCACCAUCAACGAGGACGCCAACGUCAGGCUGAUUAGGGAACUGCGGGCGGAAAUCGCCCGACUGAGGGCGCUGCUGGUGGAGGGCAACCAGAUUGCUAUGCUGGACUCUCCCACUGCGCUCAGCAUGGAGGAGAAGCUGCACCAGAACGAAGCCAGAGUGCUGGAGCUGACUAAAGAGUGGACCAACAAGUGGAAUGAAACGCAAAACAUCCUCAAGGAGGAGACGUUGGCGCUGAGGAAGGAGGGCAUCGGCGUGGUCCUGGACUCCGAGCUGCCUCACCUCAUCGGCAUCGACGACGACCUCCUCAGCACCGGCAUCAUCUUGUACCACCUUAAGGAGGGACGCACGCACGUGGGCAGAGAGGACGCGUCCACAGAGCAGGACAUCAUUCUGCACGGUUUAGAUCUGGAGACCGAGCACUGCGUGUUUGAGAACCAGAACGGCACCGUAACGCUGGUACCGCUCAGCGGGGCUCAGUGUUGUGUCAAUGGGGUCCAGGUGACCGUGCCCACUCCGCUCAAUCAAGGUGCCGUCAUCCUGCUGGGCAGAACCAACAUGUUCCGCUUCAACCACCCCAAAGAGGCGGCCAAGCUGCGAGAGAAACGCAAAAGUGGCCUGCUGUCCUCCUUCAGUCUGUCCAUGAGCGACCUGUCCCAGUCCUGCGAGAACCUGUCCACCGUCAUGCUGUACAACCCAGGGCUGGAGUUUGAGCGUCAGCAACGCGAGGAGCUGGACAAGUUGGAGGUGAAGAGGAGGCUGAUCAAGGAGAUGGAGGCCAAGCAGCAGAGCGAGAAGGUGGAGCUGCAACGCCUCCAGCAGGAGGUGGAGAGCCAGCGCAAAGAGUUUGAGGAGGUGCAUCAGAGGAUCCUGCGCCAGGAGGAGAGCCUUCGCCGCCGCAAUCAGGACAUGGAGAGCCUCCUGCGCCACCUCCUGGAGGAGAAGCAGCGCUUUGAGGAUCGACGCUCCCGGCUCCAGGAGGUGCAGGGAGGUUCGGAGCAAGAUGACGAACAGAAGGAGAUAUACCGAGAGCUGGAGGAGCUGCAGAGGGAGCGUGAGGAGCAGCACGUGCGUCUGGAGACUGAGAGGAGGCGCCUGCAGGAGCAGGAAAAGGAGCACCUCAGCCUGUUUGGGAGGCUGCAGGAGCAGCUGAGGGAGGAAGAGGAGGUCUUCCUGCAGAGCCAGGAGGAGGCAGGCCGCCUUGAGGAGGAGCAUCGAUCGCUGGCAGACAUCAAGGAGGUACUUCUACGGGCCGAGGAGGCGGGAGACGGCAGUGUGGAGGCGGGGAACGCUUGCACCCGCUACACCGACUUUAAAGGAGCUCAGGUGGAGGAGCUGGCGCGCCUCGAGGAGACGCUUCAGCGGUGGAAAGAAGGUUUGGAGAAGGAGGUUGCCUCUAUGCUCCCUCUGUCCCGCAACCUGAAGGAGGAGCAGGAGCUGCACUCCAAGCAGCGCCAGCUGAGGAGCGUAACUCAGAACCUUCUCCCGGCACUGGCCCUUGAGAAGCAGCGAGCGGAGGAGGUGCUCGACAGUCCUCCCGGCCCACAGGAGCUCCUGUACCAGGUGGAGAAGGAGCUGCAGGAGAAGGAGGACAAGCUGGAGCUGCACCGGGCCAACGCUCGGCACCUCCUGCACCUCCAGGAGAACCUCCGGUUCACGGCCGACGUAGGCCGCCAAGAAGAAAAUGUGAGGCGCAAGGAGAAGGAGAUCCUGGAGUCCAAAGACAAGCAGCAGCAGGAGGCCAUGGAGGAGGCAGUGGGCCGGCUGGAGAGGAGGCACUGGGCCCUCAGACGCUGCACCUCCUUGGAGGAGCAAGGAGCACACGGGGAGGAGCAGGACAUGCGCACCGAGGGGAACUACACGACUCACCUGAACACACUUCAGCCGCUCUCAGACCACAGAAUCAGCGCCUACAUCGAGGAGGAGGUGCAGAGGAGGCUACGCAACAUCAACCUCCUGAAUGGCCUGUCUCUCCAGGAAGACAAACUGCCAAAUAAGAAUAAUCCUCCAAAGUCCAAAUAUGAGAAAAACCUUCUUGAAGUCCAGCAGGACCUUUGUGCAGAACCAACGACCCGCGAUCAAGAGCAGGCGUUCCCGUUUGAGUUGUGGGUGGAGAAAGACUUAGAGCACCAAAUGUGCACCAGAACCUGCUUGGAUCAUGUGACUGAGCACCUGGACCCUGAUGUUAGACCUCACUCUGCGGUCCGGUCACGGUCAUGUGACUCUGCUUCUCCCGAGUGGCUGACCAGAACUUGUUCCCACCAGAGGUCUGACUCAGAGGAACCCUGUGAUGGCGAAAAGGUCCUCUUAGAACCUAAGACCAGCUACAGUUUGGGCUACUUUGCUGGGAAGUUGUGUGCGGCGUACAGAACCGCCGGUAUGGGUCUGCAGGUGACGCGGGACAUCAUUCACGAUGUUGGCGUGCGAGACUUGCUGUCCCACUACGUGACCCGAAUGUCCAAAGAACUGAUCCACAGUCUCAGGCAGCCCACAGCAGAACAUGUUGCAGAACCAGCAGGAGAACACAAAGUCCAUUUGAUGAAUGUGACAAAAGACCGUGUGGACUGGUCCAAUCUGGCCAAAGGUUCUGUGUCUUGUGUGAAGAACUCCAGUCCUCACAUCUUCUGCCAGAAUCUGGUUCUGAUGCCGCCAGCUUUGGGCCGACUCCAGGCGUUACCCACACACAAAAUGCUGGAGACGUUGGCCUCUCUGGCGCCGUGCUGGCAGGUUGGCCCGCUGCUGAGCGUUUUCUGGCUGAGAACGGCCAGCACCGGGAUGCUCCGCCCCCAAGCGGCGUGCCUGCUGGUGUCGGAAAAAGAGCUAACUGUGGUCACAAGUGGCAGUGGUUCUGAAGACGCCUUAGCUGCUUGCCAGCGUUUAGGUCUUGGCAAGAUCCGGCAGGUCCAGAUCAGCCUGGCGGGACAACACGUGUGCUUGCUGGGCGCCUGUGAGGACGUCCUCCUGGUGGUCUUCACCCACAGCAAGGACCUCACGCAGGAGUUCUGCAGGGCUCUUCUGAACGCCGUCCGCCCAGAGAAGUUCUAUGAGUUGGUCAAAGGUGAGCCGUUGUUAGACCAUGACCUCAUGGUUCUGUCUCUGGACUGGACUGCCAAGGUUCCUGACAUCGUUCUGGACCGCCUCAUCAUCUCCUCCAAGUUCAAGCGGGUUCUAGCGGACCUGCUCUACGUGGUUCACGGCAACAUGGCCGGUCCUGACAAACCCUUACUGGCCGCCAUCCGACCUCUCCUCUUCACCAGCACCAGGUCCAGCUGCACGGACCCGGACGCCAUUUUGCAGUUCUUCCUAACGGACACUCACAUAGUUCUGCUGCAGGAGGACAUGGUCUUUCCCCCGGAACCGCCAGGAUCUGUUCUCCUUCCAGUCCAACGGCACUUCCAGGUCCUGGACCUGCGGCACCGUAAGGACGUCCACCGUGUGCUGCUGAGGCGAAGACACGAUUGUAUGCUGGUUCAGAUGGUCUUCAAGAACCCACCGAGCCAUCACCAGCAGUCCUGGAAGCUGUCCUUUGGUUGCACGCCAGAAGUCGCCAUCUUAGUCCAGCACCUGUGUGGCUGAAAGGCCAAACACGACCUGGUUCUGGUCCGUUUUAGAGGACAAAGUGUUCUUCAAAAAGGAUUGUCAGUAAAAAAUAAAUAGAUGAGACAAGAA